CUUGUAAUCGUCUGGAAAAGACCCUAUGCUGCUACUGUGGGGAACCAUCGCCAGUUUAAUAUUCGAACAACUUUUUUCAACGCCCAACAGACCCCAAAAUCCAAUCCAUUUCCGGCAGCCAUUAACAAACCCCAAUUGCCGGCGGCAGGCAGCGCCGCUGUAAGCUUCGCCCCUUACCUCGUUCACCGACACACUCUUUUUUAUCUCUCUCUCUUCCUCUGAUGUCGACAGCUGCGAUUUAAGGAUCUUCUGAAGCUCAUCUCAAAUUGCAUCUGCAGCUGAAUUUUACUUCGAGAGGAACGGACUAGUGGGGAGGAGAGAUGAACUCUUUGACUGCGAAACCAUCCAUAUUUCUACCUAAGUUAUCUUCUUCUUUGUCCAAUGGGCCUCGGUUGCCUUCUUCUUCGGUGAGUUUUCAUUGGAGAGCGAAGAAUGGUGGUGGCGGUGGAAGAGGAAGGUUGGUGCUGAGAGUCCAAGCUAGUGGAGCUGCUAAAUCAGAUGGGUCUAAUGACACUAAUGGCGCUCUGAGGAGCAGGAGAGAAAUUCUGAUGGAGUAUGUGAAGACCGUGCAGCCUGAAUUUAUGGAGCUCUUUUCCAAGCGGGCAUCCCCGCAGGUGGUUGAUGCAAUGCGGCAGACUGUGUCCAAUAUGAUUGGGACUCUACCUCCACAGUUCUUUGCUGUAACUAUUAGCACUGUAGCUGAAAAUCUUGCGCAGCUUAUGUACAGUGUAUUGAUGACUGGUUACAUGUUUAGGAAUGCUCAAUACCGGCUAGAGCUCCAGGAGAGCUUGGAGCACGUUGCUCUUCCUGAUGUGAAGGAAAAACAGCUGGACAAUACAGAUUACGCACCCGGUACGCAGAAGAAUGUGAGUGGUGAAGUUAUCAGGUGGAACAAUGUCUCUGGUCCUGAAACAAUCGAUGCUAAAAAGUACAUUGAAAUACUCGAAGCAGAGCUCGAGGAACUGAAUCGACAAGUUGGUAGGAAGUCCACACAUGGCGGAAAUGAGUUGCUGGAUUACCUCAGGACUCUCGAACCCCAGAAUAUCAAGGAGUUGACGAGUAGUGCUGGAGAAGAUGCUGUUGUUGCAAUGAACUCGUUCAUUAAGCGCCUGUUGGUGGUGACAGAUCCCGAGAAGAUGAAGAGCACGGCAGAGACCAGUGCAACCGAACUAGGGAAGCUGCUCUACUGGCUGAUGGUGGUUGGCUACAGCAUACGCAACAUUGAAGUCCGAUUUGAUAUGGAACGAGUGCUCGGUUCCUCCCCAAAGAUGCCCGAGUUGCCUCCAGGGGAAUCCUAAAGUUUAAUCUACACUUCUGGAGAUCCACUGCCCUUGAUUUGAUGCCAAUUACCAAGGCAACCAGAGAUGUUGUACUGUAAACGUUAGUUGAAGAAAUGGCUUGUGAUUGCAUAUUUUUGCAAAAGUCGUUCCGCUUAGAGAGCGACAAGCCCAGCUUGACUGGCCAAAUUUGUACUCGGAUAGAACAGCUUUUAUUUUUUGCCCCCAUUUUCAUGCAGUAAGUUUAGAAGCUCUGCAUGGCUCUAGAGAUUAUCUUCUGUUAAUAGUUGGUCAGUUCAAAUAAAUUUGGUGCUUAUGCUGCGAUUUGAUUGAUCAUAGAAAGUUGCGACGUUCACAGGCCAAUUUAUGAGUUGAUUUAGGGAUCAAUUCAUCGCUUUAUUUCUCGACAAAUUCAUUGGUUAAUUCUUAGUUAACUGGUAGUAUGGCCAUUGCAUCAAUCAAACAAUGGACUUGCAAAUGAUCCAUGAUUUAAUAACUAGCCUUGUAUCUUCUUGGUCCGGUUGAGAAUCUAGCAACAUAGCUCCCAUAAUCACGUUCCUAUCUUCACAAUCGAUCAUUUUACUCGACCCAACGCAACUGAGAGGCACCGACAGUCAUCUACUACGAUAUUUGUGAUACCACACCGGUGAACUAUUGUUGACACUUAAACGACGUCACAUCGACCCAAAACGAAGUCUUCUUGACUCGCUGCCAUCAACGCACCUCAACGACGCCGUUUCGAUAUAUCAUCCUUCGAAGUCAAAGAGAGGACUCCUCGAUCGAUGGUCUCUCUGAUCAUCUCUCUCGAUCGCCUCUUUUCCAGCAAGCGCUUCAGCUUUUCAACAAGCAAGCACCGUCUCUAUGAGGAUGUAUGAUGAAGACUAUGGAAGGCUCCUUUCUAGGCAACGGUCGCCACUGUCAACAUAUAUAUAUUGUAAGCCAUCUGUCUAUUUGGAUUGUACUUAGAAAGUGAGUUGUGAGAGCUUCUGGAUUUUGAACCUCUUCUGCUCUGGGUCUAAGGGUGAAAUUGCUUCACUAGAUAGGAUCACAGUGUAUGAGAGUGUACUGGGUGAUUCCAAUCUUGGGAAGUAAGAGUGUUGAGUGUUUGUUUUGUAAAAGAGCCAAGUCACUUGGCUUGGCUAGGGUUCUUUGUGUUGAUCGACUUUCUUUUGCUAAAUUAAUACAAGUUUCUUCAGUUUUCGUCAUAAGAAAAACUCAAAACCUAAAUAUCUUGUUGAGUGAAUCUCACUCAUUGACUUUACAAUUGGUAUCAGAGCCUACUCUUUGAGGGAUUGAUCAUCGCCAAACAGAAGGUCUUGGGAUGUCAGGAACUUCAUCAAAUGGAGUUGCAUAUUCUGCAAACACCAAUCAUCCGUGGUUUGAUGUAACGGAUUACACCGUUUGGAAGAAAAGAAUGCGAAUAUAUCUUCGUGGAGUCGACGGGGAAUUGUGGGCCGUGGUGAGAAAAGGGCCAAUUCCCAUGGAAGAUGAAGAUGAAGAAGACUGGAAAGAAGAACAAAAAAUCUCUUCUCAACUCGACUCCAGAGCAAUGCAUAUACUAUAUUCAGCACUAAGCCCUGAAGAACGGAGUCAAGUAGCUCAAUGCGAGUCAACCAAGGAGAUUUGGGAGUCUCAUCAGACCACCCAUAAAGGUACGUCUGAAGCUAAAGAAAGUAGAAUAGAUGUAUUGCUAAAUGAAUAUGAAUCAUUUGAGAUGAGCUCAGGAGAAUCAAUCUCAAGUAUGUACAAAAGAUUCAAUGACCUGAUAAAUCGGUUAAAAGGAC